AAAAAAAAUUUUUUUUGCAGGUACGUAUCCUAUGCAAACCUAAACGAUGAUGUCGUUUAACAAGAGUAGUAUUGUGGCAACGCUCUUCGUUUGCUGGCAAUUAUUGCUACGGUCGGAAGCGAUGCCGUACGGUGGAAUGAUGCCAUCACCUCCUGUAGUGGAUACCUCCCCGUGGAUGCCUAUUGCUAAACCUGAUUACAUGCGGUAUGAGUCUUCGCGUAGUUACGAACCCCCUUACGGAUCCCGAAUUGUGCCUCUACAAACGGCCUUCGUAUCCGCUCAUUCAUCAGUCGCCACUACGGAGAACCUUAUUUCCACAAUGCCUGAAAUUCCUAGUUCCGCAUCUUCUGGAGCCCCAGCCGCCGGAUUGUGGGAUCAAUCAAAUCCUGCACCAGAAGCUCCAGCCGCCGGGUUGUGGAACCAACAGAAUCCUGCACCAGAAGCUCCAGCCGCCGGGUUGUGGGAUCAGCCGAAUCCUACAUCCGAAGCCGCUGGUAUUAUUCCGCCUGUUUCGCAUGAGUUGGCUUCAACAGGACCUUUCGCAGUGGUCCCUUAUUGGAUGAGAUCAUCCAUCAAUUCUGCAAUGCCUCCAUCUAUUCCUGUUGCUGAACCAGCGAUUGAUGUUCCAGCAAACGAGUUUCCUCAGUCGGAAGGCUCCUGGGCUCUUUCACAACCAUCUCCACCACCACCUCAAUUGCAGAAUGAUAAUGUCGAAACUAAUGUGAUUUUUAGCCCUGUCCAAGAUUCGAUUAGUCUCGUAGCAGAAGGACAGCCGCAAGACAACUGGCCAGAGACUCCGCGAAUGGUGGCGGAGGCAGACAAACUACCUGCUUUACCACCAGCUACCUUUGGUCAAUUUGCUGUUCAACCAGCCCGCUAAACGCAUCCUUUAUAAGUUUAUAUCUAACUACGGUUUUAUUAUAAUUACUGUACAUAAAUUGCGAAUCAUAAAUGAGCUCGUGAAACUGUA